CGCCCGCCCGGCACUCGCAGGCGCAGACGGAUGCCGCGUAGGAACGGCUUCUGCAGCGGGAGGCGAAGAUCACCCACAGCCGACACCGAUGAGCCUGGAGCGCCGUUAUUAAACCGCGGUUCAGUCUAAUGAGGCUUUAGCUGGCGCCUUAAGUGAACUGACGCUAGAGAAGAUUAUAGAGGAGAUACAUUGUCCCAGUUAGCGAGGCAUGGCCGACAUCGACAAGCUCAACAUAGACAGCAUCAUUCAGCGGCUCCUGGAAGUGAGAGGGUCAAAGCCUGGUAAGAAUGUUCAGCUGCAGGAGAACGAGAUUCGCGGCCUGUGUCUGAAAUCUCGUGAGAUCUUUCUCAGCCAGCCCAUCCUGCUGGAGCUGGAGGCUCCUCUGAAGAUCUGCGGCGACAUCCAUGGGCAGUAUUAUGAUCUGCUAAGGCUCUUUGAGUAUGGGGGCUACCCACCUGAGAGUAACUACCUGUUCCUGGGGGAUUACGUGGACCGGGGGAAGCAGUCUCUGGAGACCAUCUGCCUCCUGCUGGCCUACAAGAUCAAAUAUCCAGAGAACUUCUUCCUCCUCAGGGGCAACCAUGAAUGCGCCUCCAUCAACCGCAUCUAUGGAUUCUAUGAUGAAUGCCGAAGGCGAUACAACAUUAAGCUCUGGAAGACGUUCACCGACUGCUUCAACUGCCUGCCCAUCGCUGCCAUCGUGGACGAAAAGAUCUUCUGUUGCCAUGGAGGCUUGUCUCCAGACUUGCAGUCCAUGGAACAGAUUCGACGGAUCAUGAGGCCCACGGACGUGCCCGAUCAGGGCCUCCUGUGUGAUCUGCUGUGGUCCGACCCGGAUAAGGAUGUGCUAGGCUGGGGCGAGAAUGACCGGGGAGUUUCUUUCACCUUUGGAGCUGAAGUUGUGGCCAAGUUCCUCCACAAACAUGAUCUGGACCUCAUCUGCAGGGCCCACCAGGUGGUGGAGGACGGCUACGAGUUCUUUGCCAAGAGGCAGCUGGUCACGCUUUUUUCUGCACCAAACUACUGUGGCGAGUUUGACAAUGCGGGGGCCAUGAUGAGUGUGGACGAGACACUUAUGUGCUCUUUUCAGAUUUUAAAACCAGCGGAGAAGAAGAAGCCCAACUCAAGCCGUCCAGUGACUCCACCGCGGAACAUGGUCACCAAGCAGGCGAAGAAAUGAGGAGCACUAGCAGUCCAGUGGCCAUUUUGGACUUGUCAUGUGGUUUUCAUCUGUUCCAGCUUCAGAGUCGCUGUUCUGACAUAAUGGUCGCGUGGACUCACUCAACACUGUCGACCGUUGUUUUUUUCGUUUUUUUUCUUUCUUUCUUUUCCCCUCACUUUUUUCACUCCCAUUUUUGUGCUCCCUUCCCGUUUUCACAGCAACUAAGGAAGAGGAAGCGGGAACAGGGAGCACUCUGCUCUUUUUCAUUAUCUUUGUUUUCUCGGCUUUUGAGACUGUAAUGGCUUUUUGUGAUCUUGAGUUCUUCAGGAUGCUCAUUUGAGUCUCCCAUUUCAUUAGUCGGCAGCAUCACCACCUCUUUCGCACCAGUUAAUACAGGGAAGACCUUUACCUUACGUCUGUGGAAGCACUCCACCACAUUUCAGUUAUGGUGCAAUGUUAUGGUGCAAUGAUGAUUAUUAUUUUGCUCCCCAGAUACUCAUGUGAACCACUGUGAACAUAUAAGAUGUAAAAUGUAAUUACUUAAAUAUGAAACAAACGGCAUCUCUCCAGCAGUGAGAGUGUUCAUUUUCACUCUAGCUUUGUUCACCAUUUUAUUCAGUGAAUGUGCCAUGAGGUUUGAUGUCCCAUCAGAUUACAUUUUUAAAAAAUGUUUUAGGAUUAUAUUACAAUUUUUUUUUCUUUAAAUGUUUUUAAAAAUUUUUUUUAUUCCUCUUGCAGGAAGAAAACGCACCAUGAAAGCACCCUCCAUAAAAUAUAUUGAUCUGUAGCACUGUAUGAAAGGUUAUGUGCAGAUUCAACUGGAGUGUGUGUGUGUGUGUGUGUGUGUGUGUGUGUGUGUGUGUGUGUGUGUGUGUGUGCGUGCGUGCGUGCGUGUGUGUGUGCGUUUUAUGAACCAGAUUAUAUCAAGAUGAAACAAACAGCGGAUUUCAGUGCUAUCUCUGUUGAUCUGAGUAUUGUUUUACUUUUUUUUUUUUUUUUAUAUAAGAUGCCUUGUUUACUGUGUUCUUUCUCUUCUUGACAUGAGAUUUACUCGUUUCGGCUCCAAAAGAUUCUGCAUCAGAUAUGAGCAUGUGAAGAUCUAGGUUUCUCAUAAAGACUUUUUGUUGCAUGCAUUUAGGUGUAGACGUGUAGGAUACAGACAGGCCUUCACUUUUUCUCAGGGCAUGCAGGUUCUUGGCAUGUCAGAUAAUGUAGCUUAACAUCAGGUAUAUUGAUAACGUUUGACUUCAGCUUUUUCGCUUUGUUUGGAAGAUAUUUCAUCUUGCGUGUCACCCAAACCCACUGUGUAUAUAUCCAGAAAGUUUUGUUCAGUCUUGGCAAUAACUCACGAUUUUUCCACAUUAUAAAGAAUUGUAAUACUUGCUAAAUAAAUUCAAGGGGAAGGGGGAUCAACA